AUGGAAUUUAUCGAUCUUAAACACGACUGUGAGGCACAACUUGUUUUUAAGCAGGUCGGUUACGAGCUUGCCUGGAUCAAGCUUAAAGACACUUAUCCACAACUAUGGCAACAAGUUAAAUUGUUGCUUCUCUCUUUCCCGUCAACGUAUCUAGUUGAAAAAGGACUCAGCGUUGUUGUUCAGCUUUUGACGAAACAAAGAAAUCGGUUGGACAUUUGCAACAAAGGUGAUCUACGUUUAGCUUUGACCAAUAUCAAACCAGACAUCGUUAAAUUAGCAGCUACUCAUCAUACUCAGGGCAGUCAUUGA